UCUGAUCUUAGGGCAGACAGGCAUAGUGUAAAAUGGCGCACAGCUGUCGGUGGCGGUUCCCCGCUCGGCCCGGAGGGAGCAGCAACUUAGGCACCGGGAGGAGAGCGGGCCGAAUCCGGGUCACGGCCUCCCUCCGAAGUGGCGCUGGGACCAACCCGAACACGGCUGGGCUCGGGCCCGGCUUUGAUGCAGCGUUACAGGUCUCAUCUGCUAUCGGUUGCAACCUGCAGACAUUUCGGGAUGUUUUGGGGGAGUCGAGUGGUUCAAGCAGCGGGGAGGAAGGAGCAUUUGGAGGGUUUAGUACAGUCAGUGAACACCGACAAAAACAGAGUCCCUCAAGGACGUUGGCAGUUACUCCCACGCAGGAGAAGAAGCCCAGAGGCCGACCCCCACGGGCCCUGACUGCACAGAAAGGGGCCGCAGGCGCCGGCCCUUCGCCUGCUUUGGGGAAACCUGAGGGCCAGGAACGGCUUGCGGAGAAGGCCAAGCGGCUGCCCGGGAGGCCGCCUGGCUCCGUAGAGAAGAGGAGAGGCCGUCCUCCAGCCUCUGUCACACAGAGGAGUUGGGAGGCCCGCAGCCAUGCAGCCAACAACAAUGACAGCAGGCAGGUGGGGCAGGAGCACGCCUCCACAGCUGCACACCGCAAGGACAGGGCCGAGGACGGGAAGGAGAAGAAGGCCACCAAGAGAACGCCCCUGGGCUCCGUGCAGCAGCAGCACGACACAGAGGCCAAUCCUCCCAAAGCGAGCCGCGUGUCCAAGGUGACCAAACUGAAGCGGCUGCGCGAGGUCAAACUGAGCCCGCUCAAGUCGCGGCUCAAGGCCAUCGCCAGGAAAUGUGUACCGGUGCCCGGCAUGCCUCGGCGCAGACGAGGACGGCCUCCCUCUGCCGAGCGCCUCAAAGCCGAGGCUGCCUCCGCUGCUUCCCAGGCCCCUGGUUCAGAUGAAACCAAACAAAAGGCCUUCAGGGUCCGCCGGGACAGAUAUAGGGACCCCCACACUCCUCAACAGCAGUCUAAGCUCAGGGCGUCCCACGUUGCUGAGGAGGACGACAGCCCCGACGUCCACAGCUCCUCCCCGCCCUCCAGCCCGCUCGCCGAAUCCUCUCCUUCCAAGCUGGGCAGGCCGCUGAACCUGAGAACCAGCCCUCGCCACGUCAAGCCCGUGCGGAUCGUUCCCCCCUCCAAACGCACUGACGCCGCAAUCGCCAAGCAGCUGCUGCAGCGCGCCAAGAAAGGUGCGCAGAAAAAGAAACUGUUAGAGAAGGAGGCGGUGGCCAUAGGAAGCCAGGGGGGGGCAGGCAUGGAGGCAGGCAUCCGGAAGAGGAGGAGAACGCAGCUGAAGAACAUCAGGCAGUUCAUCAUGCCUGUGGUGAGCACCGUCUCACUGCGCAUCAUCAAAACCCCAAAACGCUUCAUCGAGGACGAGGGCAGCUUCGGGGCCCCUCACCCCCACAUGAAGAUGGCACGGUUCGAUGCUGUCCCGCCCCCUGUCGCUCCCCCCCAGCCCGCCUCGGCCUCCUCCCCCAUGCGGGCGUCUACAGUUGCAGUUACUACCGCCGCUGCUACAGCCGUGACCGCAGCUCCGGUUGACACCAUCCCUCCCCCCGCCGCCAUCGCAGCCAGCAGUGCUACGGCCGUGGCGGCCAGUCUGCUCAACAACCGCUGCAACAACAGCACCAGCAACGGGCGCUUCAGCAGCAGUGCCGCCUCGUGUGGCUCCAGCGCCAUGUCCCAGCACUCCUCCCAGCUCUCGUCGGGAGAGUCGUCCCGCUCCAGCAGCCCCAGCCUGGACGACUCGUCGUGCGACUCCCAGGCUUCGGAGGGCACUCAGACCCUGUCCGAGCGAGACCACUCCCCGUCCUCCCAGGGAGAGAGGGAGGGGGACUUGCUGCACACAGCCAGGCCGCUGUCGGAGCCCGAGCCGGAGCAGCGGGUGCUGAUUGAGAGGGGCCGGCGGGGCCGCAGAGGCCAGGGUGUGGGCAGGGGCAGCCUUGGGGCAAGGGGAAGAGGCAGCCUGGCCACCGGAGGGAAGAAGGCCAUCAUCAGUCCAGCCACAGGAGUGUUGAUGUCCAAUUCUCAACAGGCUGCCUCCUCGUCCCCCCCACCUCCUCCUCUCCUUAGCCCUCCACAGCAGGCCCAGUCAGGCUCCAUUACGGCAGAACAUCACCCCCACUCCCCUUGGAUCCUGCCCCACCCGUUUCUCCAAGGCCCGUCAUUGGUGCUCUCCAGCCUGCAGGACAAGCGAAGGUCCAUCUUGAGAGAGCCCACCUUCCGCUGGACAUCACGGUCUCGCACCGAGCAGCAGUACUUCUCCUCCGCUAAGUACGCCAAGGAGGGUCUUAUCCGCAAGCCCAUCUUCGACAAUUUCCGCCCUCCCCCUCUCACGGCCCAAGACGUAGGUCUAAUGCCCCAUGGUGCCGGGGGGGUUGCUCCAGUGGGUUACCCCGCGCCAGGCAGUGGCGGUGGGUCCGGGGCCGGCACCCGCCUGUACUCCCCGCUGCACCACCACCACCAGCAGCACCCCUCGUCCUGCUUCGAGUCACCGCUCCAAAAGCGCAGCCCACUGCUGCGCGCCCCACGCUUUACUCCCAGCGAGGCGCACUCGCGCAUCUUUGAGUCGGUCACCUUGCCGUCGUCAUCGGGGAGCAGCCCGGGAUCGCUGUCCCCCCUCCAGUCCUCCCCCAAGUCGGGCCGGUCGGUGAGACGCAGGAGGAGGAAGACCCUGGGACCCCUGCGUGGGCAGCCCCGGUCUCCAUCACACUCCAUGACCACACGGAGCAACCAGCCAGGGGCCCCACCAGGAAAGGCCCCCUCUGAACUGUGUCUGCUGACAGGCUCUGUCUCCACUGGUGCCAGCAGCACCUGUAGCUCCUCCAGCUCUCUGCCCACUAGUGCCUUAACACCUGCCCCUUUCAGUACCUUCUCACCGGGCCCCCUGGGCCUCUCCUCACAUGGGCCUUCCUCCUCCGAUGGACACAGAGCAGCCGGGAGCCUUGGUGGCGGUACUGGUGGUAACUCCGCCUCUUCCUCCUCUUCCCAACUCUUCCCCCUCUUCACUUCCAGCCCCCAGGAGACGGGCCGCGGUGCCGGGAAAGGGGGGAGAGAGAGGAGCACCUCGGCUUCCCGGGAAUCGGCUCCUGUGAAGGAGAUGGAAAGGGAGACUGAGAAAAGCAGAGAGCGUGAGAAAGAGAACAAAAGGGAAAGUAGAAAAGAUUGGGAGAGGAGAGGGAAGGCGUCCACCCCAGACGCCUCUCCUAAUACGACCCCCAGCAUGUUUGCCGUGGAGGGGAGGGACGGGGAGGAGUCUCUGACCUCCAUCGCUCCUAAAAAGACACCUGGGAGGAAGAAGUCUGUGUCCGUAGACUCGGGUACAGAGACGGCACCUGUAGACAGGGCUGCAGUCCACUCCUCUUUUCCCCUUAUCUUGACCAAGGGCCGCGCCUCCAAAAAGACCCGGCCCUUGGAGAGGGGGCCAGAGGCUGAGCCUGGGGAGAAGGAGAAAACAAGUGCCCCUGCCCAGCUGACAGGCCUCCCCCUGGGGCAGAUCGGCAGCAAGAAGCCCCUGGCUGCCCCGUCACUGGGUUCCAUGCUGGCGCACGCCGAGAAGCUGCCUGUGGCCGACAAGCGGGUGGCAGGCCUGCUGAAGAAGGCCAAAGCGCAGUUGUUCAAGAUCGAGAAGAGCAAGUCGCUGAAGUCUCCAGACCAUCCUAAAGUUCAGAGCCAAGAGAGCGACUCUUCGGAGACGUCGGUGCGAGGGCCGCGCAUCAAGCACGUGUGUCGGCGCGCCGCUGUGGCCCUGGGCCGCAACCGGGCCGUGUUCCCCGACGACAUGCCCACCCUCAGUGCCUUGCCGUGGGAGGAGAGAGAAAAGAUCCUGUCUUCCAUGGGGAAUGAUGACAAAUCUUCAGUGGCGGGCUCGGAAGAAGCGGAGCCCCAGUCCCCUCCCAUCAAGCCUGUGAUGAGGCACACCAAGACUAUCCAGGAGGGAGGGGCGGUGCCCAGGAAGGGGCGGCGGUCGCGGCGCUGCGGGCAGUGUCCUGGCUGCCAGGUCCCUGAGGACUGCGGAGUCUGCACCAACUGCCUGGACAAGCCCAAGUUCGGGGGCCGCAAUAUCAAGAAGCAGUGUUGCAAGGUCCGAAAGUGUCAGAACUUGCAGUGGAUGCCUUCCAAGAUUUUUCUCCAGAAGCAAGGAAAAGGCAAAAAAGACAAGAAGAACAAACUGUCAGAAAAAAAGGAGGCGCUACACCCAGUCAAGGACCCAACAAGCGCUGAGCCUAGUCUCAAACCGUCCCCGCCACCUUUGAAGGAGGAGCCCCCUCACAAAAAGAGUGAAACCCCUCCCCCGAAGCCAGCUGAGGAGAAGCAAAAACAGCCGCUGCCACAGUUGCAGUCCCCCCCAGUCGAGAAUCCUACCCCCCUAAACGACCAGCCCCCCCAGACCCCAAGCUGCGCCACCGCCCAUGGGCAAGACCAGAAACAUUCUGCAACGGCACCCACGGGUGCUGCUAGUAGGAAGGAACGCAAGCCGCAGCAGCCCACCCCUCCCUCCUCCCCUUUUUCUUCGUCGUCCUCCUCGCUCCAGAGCUCCCCCUCCCCACCAACACCCCAGCAGAGGCCCCAGCCCACCCAGGGGCCUGCAAGAAAGGAGGGAGGAGGGGCUCCCAAGUCUCCACCCACAGAAACCAAGAGGAAGCCCCAGCAGCAGUGCUUGGCCACACCCAUCACAGACACAGCACCCGAAGGGAAGCAAAUGAAGAAACAGACUCCUCGCUCUGUCCCACCACAACCUAAACCCACCAAACCAAAAGAAAAGCAGCAGAAGCCGUUGGCCACCAAACUUGAGACCAGUACUUUAAACUUGCUGAGCACUCCCUCGACUGGGGUCACCGCCAAGCAGAAAGUGCCCAGCGACGGAGUGCACAGAAUCAGAGUAGAUUUUAAGAAGGACCAUGAUGUGGAGAACGUGUGGGCCACGGGCGGCCUCAGCCUCCUCACCUCCGUCCCAAUCACUCCACGGGUCGUCUGCUUCCUCUGUGCCAGCAGUGGCAACGUCGAGUUUGUAUUCUGCCAGGUGUGCUGCGAGCCCUUCCAUCUCUUCUGCUUGGGGGAGACUGAGCGCCCUCUGGAGGAGCAGUGGGAGAACUGGUGUUGCCGCAGCUGUCGCUUCUGCCACACCUGUGGCCUCCAGCACCAGAAGACUAAACAGCAACUUCUGGAGUGUGAGAAGUGCCGAAACAGCUAUCACCCCGAGUGCCUGGGACCCAACCAUCCCACCAGGCCCACCAAGAAGAAACGGGUCUGGAUCUGCACCAAGUGUGUGCGCUGUAAGAGUUGUGGGGCCACAAAACCUGGGAAGGCCUGGGACGCCCAGUGGUCACAUGACUUCUCCCUAUGUCAUGACUGUGCCAAACUCUUUGCUAAAGGUAACUUCUGCCCCCUUUGCGAUAAGUGCUAUGACGAAGACGACUACGACAGCAAGAUGAUGCAGUGUGGGAGGUGCGACCACUGGGUCCACUCCAAGUGUGAGAACCUCACAGACGAGAUGUACGAGUUGCUGUCCAAGCUGCCAGAGAGCGUGGCCUACACCUGCACCAACUGUACGAAGCGUCAGCCGGCCGAGUGGAGGACGGCCUUGGAGAAGGAGCUACAGGGCUUGGUGCGCCAGGUCCUCACCGCGCUGCUCAACUCCCGCACCUCCACACACCUGCUCCGCUACAGACAGGCUGUGAUGAAGCCGCCUGAGUUGAACCCUGAGACGGAGAGUUUACCCACCCGACGCUCCCCCGAGGGGCCAGACCCCCCGGUCCUGACCGAGGUCGUGCCCCCCAAUGACUCGCCCCUCGACCUGGAGUCGGUGGAGAAGAAGUUGGACGCGGGGCGCUACAAGUCUGUGCUUGAGUUCAGUGACGACAUAGUGAAGGUCAUCCAGACGGCCAUCAACUCAGACGGCGGGCAGCCGGAGAACAGGAAAGCCAAUAGCAUGGUCAAGUCCUUCUUUAUCCGGCAAAUGGAGCGCGUGUUCCCUUGGUUCAAAGUCAAGGAGUCCCGAUUCUGGGAAACGCACAAAUUCUCCACCAACAGUGGCCUCCUCCCCAAUGCCGUGCUGCCCCCCUCCCUGGACCACAACUAUGCCCAGUGGCAGGAGCGCGAGGAGAUCGCCCGUGCCGAGCAGCCCCUCAGGAAGAAGAUCAUCCCGGCCCCUUGCUCCAAGACCCACUUAGAGCCAGACUCCCCCCCUCCGCCCAGACCUCUACUUCCUCCAACACUCCCUAUGCUCCACGACCUGAGCCGUGAAGACAGUCCUGAGCUGCUCCCACCCCCUGGCGUCAGCGACAACCGCCAGUGUGUGCUGUGUCUCAAGUACGGAGAUGAUAACAUCAACGAGGGCGGCAGGCUGCUGUACAUUGGGCAGAACGAGUGGACCCACGUGAACUGUGCCCUGUGGUCAGCCGAGGUGUUUGAGGAUGACGAUGGCUCUCUGAAAAACGUCCACAUGGCUGUGAUCCGAGGGAAACAGUUGCGCUGCGAGAACUGCCAGCGUCCCGGCGCCACAGUGGGCUGCUGCCUGACCUCCUGCACCAGAAACUACCACUUCAUGUGUGCCCGCCAGCGCCACUGUGUCUUCCUGGAGGACAAGAAGGUCUACUGCCAUCGCCACCGGGACCUCAUCAAAGGAGAGGUGGUGUCUGAGUCUGGCUUCGAGGUCACACGGAGGAUCCUGGUAGACCUGGAGGGGAUAAGCUUGCGGCGGAAGUUCCUCACCGGCCUUCAGCCGGAGAACAUCCACAUGAUGAUAGGCUCCAUGACAAUCGAUUGCCUUGGAAUACUGACUGAGCUCUCGGAUUGCAAGCGCAAACUCUUCCCCGUCGGCUACCAGUGUUCCAGGGUGUACUGGAGCACUCUAGAUGCCCGGAAGCGCUGUGUCUACACUUGCAGGAUCCUGGUGUGUCGUCCCACCGUGGUGGAGCCGGACCUAAAGAGUGCUCUUCCAGAGGAGAACCGCACCAUCUCCCACAGCCCUUUAACUCCCAUCUCAGAGAAAGUCCUGUCUCCAGUGCCCGAGCCGUUUGACUCCCUGAAGCCCUCCGACCGCCUGUCCCUGCUGCCCUCCAGCCCCAAUCCUCCUAAAGUUUACAAACGGAACAGGCACCCCAGCUACCCCCCGUGCCAGCGCUCCCCUGGCUCCAGACCACUUCCAUCCCCAGACGGUACCUCCCAGUCUGCCCAUGAGAUUGUGACAGUGGGGGACCCACUUCUGAGUUCCGGCCUGAGGAGCAUUGGCUCCCGUCGCCACAGCACCUCCUCCCUCUCCCCCCAGCCCAGACAGAAGGUAGUCUCCUCUUCACAGGCCGCUAUGAACCAAUUGGCCCGGCUCUUCUCUUCCGCCCCUCCCCUUCCCCUCUCCUCCUCCAGAGACCUGGGUCUGAGGGAGAAGGGGAAGCCACCUGCCACUGGCGUCCGAACGCAGGGCCGCGACACUAGUUCACUCAGCCCUGGAGGUCAACACAGCAGACACCACCACAGCAUCUCUGAGAUGAAGACAGACAGUGGGAAAGAAAGUGUGCCUGGCAAGCAGGCUGUGGGUGAGAACCCCAAACUUUCCCCAAAGGACCCAGAGAUGGCAGGAGCGAGCCAGGCCUCCCCACCACCAGGUACAGGUGUCCUGACAGGGCACCAAAGGGCGAGCAGCAGCAACUCCCAAGCAGAGAAGGGGAAGCAGGACGGGAAGGACCCAGACCUGUCGGCUGGCGUCACGCUCCUCUCCCGCCACCGCGUCACCACGACCCUGUCCAAGGACAAAGGUGGUGGUAGUAGUAACCUGGCCAAAGAGGGAGGUGAUACCUUGGCGCCAGCUUCUAAAGAUGCUGGAAAAUUGGGGUCUCCCCAGCCUCCGUUCCACAAAAGCAGUGGGAAGAAGUCCCAGGAUUAUCUGUCGGGAAAAGGCCCUGCCGCCGCCAUGAAGCCCCUGUGGUCGUCAGAGGCCAUGGCCGAGGAGGACGCCGUCAAACGGGGCUCCCAAGCCACCCCGGCUGUCCCCUCCUGCCACGCGGCCUCCACCACCAAAGACAAGCACUCCAAAGUCCAAAACAUUGACAGCAGAGAGGCAUCUGAAGAGUGGGAGAAGACUCCUCAGAACAGCAACAAGAACCCCAACAGUGCUAAAGAGACUGGUGGAACCACUAACGCUCCAACCCCAACUUCUCAGAACAGCAACAGCAAGGCUGCGACCCUCGGCAACAACACCAAAGCCAUUGGCAAGCAGGAGGUAGAAAAGCUGGAGAAUCAAGGAAGAGGGCGAUCUGCAAAGAGCAGGGAGAGAUUUUUGAGCCCUGAGAAGAACAGCUCCAGCCUAGAGACCAUAAAGCAGCCCAGGUUAGCCUCAGAGAGAAGCAUGAGGGCUUCGCAGGUUCAAGCAAGACUAACAGCCAACGACAUCGCCGCUGCUAGAGACAAGAAGCGGGCUAUAGUCAAGGCGUCCCUGACGCCGCUAAAGACCGACCCUAACGGGACCAACACCGUGAGUUCUUCCUCUGACUCCUGCAUCACCGCUUCCAUCUGUCCUGCAGGCCAGGAGGGUCCCCCCCAACGUAAGUCUUCCUGCUCCACGCUCUUCUCACCGUCAGCACGCUCCGAGAGCUCCGAGUCAAACAGCCCGGCAAUGCACCCUGAGGACUGCGAGGAGAAGCGCCUCCUGGCUCACUGCACCGAGGACGAGGGGACCAGCGACAGGGAUGACCAUGCCCUGCUGGAGGAGGAAGGCGGCGACAGGGAUAAACAUCACGAAGAUGACAGCGACUGCUCGGGUUCGACCAAGCGGCGUUACCCAAGGCGCAGCGCCAGAGCCCGCUCCAACAUGUUCUUCGGCCUGACGCCUUUCUACGGAGUGCGCUCCUAUGGAGAGCAGGAUAUCCCCUUCUACAGCAGCAGCGGGGACGGGCCCGGGAAGAGGAAGGCCGGAGGCAGCAGGCGCUCGGCCGAAGGCCAGGUGGACGGUGCGGACGAUAGGAGUACCACUUCCUCGGGGGACAGCGGAGAAGAAGAGGAAGGGGGAUUCAACCAGUGUUCCAACAAGGAUCCGUACUAUUACAACUUCACCCGCACCAUCAUCAACCCCGGCCCAGUGAUGCCCUCAAUCGAGGGGAUGGGCCAGUGCCUGGGGAGGGGCUCUCAGCUGCAGCGCUUCCUGAAGGAUGAGGCAGAGGAGGAGGAGAGGGUCGUUGCCGCUGUGGAUGAGGGUGUUCCCACCCGGAGCCUCCUGGGCCACCAGCAGAUCGGCCAGCUGGACGGCGUUGACGACAGCUCAGAGAGCGACGCCAGCGCAAGCACCAACACCACCACCACGGCCACCGCGGUGACUUCUUCCCACAAGAGCACGGGUAAGAAGAAGGGCAGAGAGAGGCACGCGGAGAAGCUGGAGCAUGACUCCAGGAAGGAGGCAGACAACAGCAGUGGAGGGGGUGGGAGCAGCGGUAGCAGCAGCAGCAACAACAUCCGAGAAGGGAGGAAGAGCCAGAAGGACAACUCCCUCCCUCUGGGCGGGGUGAAGUCGUCCCAGGGACAGGACCCCCUGGAGGCGCAGCUCUCACUUAACACUGACCUUAAGUCGGAGUCGGACAACAACAACAGCGACGACUGCGGCAACAUCCUGCCCUCGGACAUCAUGGAGUUUGUCCUCAACACGCCCUCGAUGCAGGCCCUGGGGCAGCAGCCUGAGGCCGCCUCCUCCGAGCUCCUCUCCCUGGACGAGGGCUACGGGGUGGGCGUCAACCGCCGCAAAGACAUCCUCUUUGAGGACUUCACCCAGCCGCUGGCCAGCACUGAGCCCGUGGAGAGUGGGGUGAGCACAUCCAUCUCGGUGGAAGAGCCGUACGGUCUACCUCUGGAGUUGCCCUCUGACCUCUCUGUCCUGACCACUCGCAGCCCCACGGUCAACAACCAGAACCACGGUGGCCUCAUCUCAGAGGGCUCAGAGUGCACCAUGCUGUCCCUGGCAGCCUCGGACGAGACAAUCGCUGAGAAAGGAGGCAUGGACAAGCAGCAGAGAGGAGGGGCCGGGGUGUCCCCUGAGAGCCAGCAGGAAGGAAGUGGAGGUAGCCGAGAAUCUCAGGUAAGAGAAGGUCACAUGACCCCGGAGCAGUUUGACCACAUCACCAGUCCCUCCCUGGGCGAAGUUGUAGAAGCAGGUAACCAGGAUCUGACCAGGAGUUCUGGGACCCCAGUCCUACCCAGCUCGCCCACCUUGCCUCUCCAGGGACAGAAGUACAUCCCUGCUCCAUCUUCAGUCAGUCCCGGACCUUCCCAUGUGGCCAGCACGACUGUCCUGACCACCUCUCAUUUAAAACCAGGACCAGAAAAACUCAUAGUGGUCAACCAGCAUCUGCAGCCCCUCUACGUCCUACAGACUCUCCCCAAUGGUGUCACUCAGAAGAUCCAGAUCAGGCCAUCGGUCAGCGCAACAGGAGUGAUGGAUACCAUGACUCUAACCACAGGGCUCACCACCGGGAUAACCACCUCCCAGCCCAUAUUUCCUGCUGGGGGUAAAGUGUUGGGCACCAUGCCCCAUCACCCUCAGAUCCAUACUUUCACCGGCACCACCCAGAUGGGCUUCCAGCCUGGCAUUCCCAGCACCACCUCCGGUCUCCUGAUCGGUGUGCCCUCCCACGAGCCCCAGAUUCUGGUGACUGAGGCCGGACGGAGGCAUGACCUGGCCCCCAACGUGACCAUCGUGUCCAGUGCCUCCAUCUCCACGUCCUCGGCUGUGAUCGCAUCUGGACACGGCAAAAAGCGACCCAUCUCCCGUCUCCAGCCGCGGAAGACCAAAAAACUGGCCCGCUCAAGGAGCCAGCCCACCCUGGGCCCGUCUGAGGUGAGACCCAACAUGACUCUGAUCAACCUGUCCUCGCCACAGAUGGCCCAGUCCGAGCUGUGCACCCUGACCACGGCCGCCACCACUUCUCACAGCAAGGUCCCCAACAUUAUCAAGAGACCCAAAUCGGGAGUAAUGUACUUUGAGCCCAUCCAGCAGAGGAUGCCUCUUCCCAGUGGGCAGCCUGGCAUCCUGGGCCACGCCUCCCCCACCCACCUGCUGCCCUGCACAGUCUCAGGGCUCAACCCCAACCAGUCAGCAGUGCUGAACAUGGUGUCCAUGGCUCAGCCCAGCGGGCCCGGAGGCCUCAUCACGCCAGGCUCUGUCUCUCUCAGCACCCCGGUGCUCAGCUCCACUGAAAUUGCAGGACCCAUCAACAGCCUCCUCUUAAAAGCCAGCCCACACAACCUGGGCCUUCCGGAGCAGCAGAUGCUGCUCCAGUCUGGAGCUCCUCUGAUGUCCCAGCUGUGCAGCCCCGUCCAGCCCUCCAUUGCCAGCAGCAUCUGCGUGCUUCCCUCUCAUCAGACCAUCAGCAUGUCUGUCAGCCAGCAGGUGGACCCGGAGAGCGACCCCUUCCAGCGGCAGCAGCACCCACCAAAUGCCAGUGGACAACCUGUGGCUUCGGCCCCCAGCCCGGUCCAACAGGAUUCCAACAAGGGACACAUGGUCGGAGUGCUCUCCCAGAGUUUCAGCUCUCAAUGCUCACACACCAUGCCUAAAUCCAGGUCCUCAGAGCAGAAACAAGAGCUGAAGUGUAGCGCUGCAGUAACGGCAUCCACGUGCUCGGGGAAAGGCAAGCAGAAAGCCAAGCGGACAAGGCACAGUCCAGACAAGGCCAGCGGGAAGAAACACAAGGGUUGGCUGGCAGAGCCUCCUUGGGAGAUGCAGGGCGAUCGGCCCACCUCCGCUCCUGGGUCUAGAGAGCCAGUCUCUCCCGAGCCUAUGGACACAGGCAAGCCCAGAGAGAGGGACACCAGCAAAAAUGUUUAUUCUGCCAAGUCUGCUGAACCUCCUGCACUAACCAGUAAAACCAGUGAGUUCCCUGAGGAGAAAAGCAAGACCACCGCUGGUUCUCUACUGGGGGCCACCCCUGACCAGGAGGGUAGCUGCAGGGACUCUUCUAUAGACAGCAAGCCCAAGAAGGGACUCAUCUUUGAGAUCUGCAGCGACGACGGCUUCCAAAUCCGCUGCGAGAGUAUCGAAGAGGCCUGGAAGUCCCUGACAGAUAAAGUCCAGGAGGCCCGCUCCAAUGCCAGACUCAAAGAGCUCUCCUUUGAAGGAGUGAACGGCCUGCGGAUGCUGGGGGUCCUCCACGAUGCUGUGGUGUUCCUGCUGGAGCAGCUGUAUGGUUCCAGGCACUGUCGCAACUACCGCUUUCGCUUCCACAAGCCCGAGGAGGCCGACGAGCCCCCGAUCAACCCCCAUGGCUCGGCCCGCGCCGAGCUUAACCACAGGAGGUCUGUGUUUGACAUGUUCAACUUCCUGGCCUCCAAGCAUCGCCAGCCUCCCGAGUACAACCCCAACGAGGAGGAUGAGGAGGUGCGGCUCAAGCCUGCUCGCCGGGCCACCAGCAUGGACCUCCCCAUGCCCAUGAGGUUCCGACACCUGAAGAGAACGUCCAAGGAGGCGGUGGGGGUUUACAGGUCAGCCAUACACGGCCGAGGGCUGUUCUGCAAGCGGAGCAUCGACGCGGGGGAGAUGGUGAUCGAGUACUCGGGCAACGUCAUCCGCUCUGUCCUCACUGACAAACGGGAGAAGUACUACGGCGGCAAGGGUGUUGGCUGUUACAUGUUCCGCAUCGACGACUAUGAAGUGGUGGAUGCCACCGUGCACGGCAACGCCGCCCGCUUCAUCAACCACUCGUGCGAGCCCAAUUGUUACUCACGUGUCAUCAACGUGGACGGGCAGAAGCACAUCGUCAUCUUCGCAACACGCAAAAUCUACCGCGGUGAGGAGCUCACCUACGACUACAAGUUUCCCAUCGAGGAGCCGGGCAAUAAGCUUCCAUGCAACUGCGGAACCAAGAGGUGCCGGAAGUUCCUCAACUAGCCCCCCCCACUCUGAUGUGUGAUGGGAGUGGUGUUAGCGGUCCCCUCGACUAGCACGAAGCCAUCCAUGCACUGCCAGGUCUUAGAGUGCAGAAUGAUGCUUCCAGUACUGCGCUCCCUUGUUGCUGUAAGGCUUGGGAAGAAAGGUGAGCUACGGACUGGGUUAAGUUUGAUACGAGCAGGUCUCUGUUUUGGGGAGGGACAUUUUUGAAAGAGAACAACUUAUUGUUGUGCCUCUUUGGUGGUUUUACUUUUGGAUCGGAUGGUUUCAGACUCUGGGAAGUCAAAGGAAAUGGUAACUGUGUAAGAUUAGCAAUGUUUUAAUGUUUUCCGUCUCUGAAUGAUACACAAAUUGCCCUUUUCAUUCUGAAUUUUAACAUCACCUCACAUUUUUAUUUUUCUAGAUUAUAUCUCAAUUCUGUGUGAGCAUAGAAUCCAUUGAUUAUGUUAAACACAAUAAUAAUUUCCACCUUGUAAGUUCCAUUUUUAACACCAAAGUGCAAUUUGUGGAAGGGAAUUUUCUCUGCAUUUUAGAAAAAGAACGAGGACGUAUUAGAACUGAUCAGAGGGCGCUUUUCUCUUGGCCUCAUCUGUUUAUACACAUCUGCCUGUCGGAAUGUGCAUCCUGUGUAGCCUUCGGAGUAUCUCGCGAUAUCAUAAAGAAUUGCUUGGGGCUGCUAUGCUGUGUGUUCAGCCACUGUAAAUAGUUCCCCAUGCCUGUCCAGAGCAACAAGUCGCAAGAUGUGUUCGGAAGAGCAACACUAGAGGGAGCUUUAGUCAAAGCGAUAGAAAGAAAGAGGCCGGUAGAUUAUUUCUUUUCAAGUGUUAUGUUGUUAUUGAUAAUUAAUGAUAACCGCGUGUGUACUUGUAGAGACGUUGUCGAAGUCGGUCGGUGGUCAUUGGAUAAAGUCGUGACUAGCAAGCUACGCUGAGAUUCUGGUGGACUGACAGCUGAGGGGUGAAUUUUUGUUUUUUUGCCUUAGUAAAUGUUAUUGUUGGUUUUGUAUAGGAAAAUGAUAAAGGCAGAGCCAUCGAUUUGUAUCGCAGGUAUGCACACAUUGUCUUUUGAAAUUAGGUUAGAACAGAGUCCGGAAUUACAGCAAUGAGAACCAAAUGUCACCCCCACCCCUCCGAAUCUGAUUUCCCUUUAAUCCCAUUUUAAGUUCAAAGUUAUUCUUAUUAUGGCCGAUUUCACGAAUUACUGUUGCAAAGGAAUUGUCUUUUUUAUUUGCGUCGAACCGAGUCGUUUGAAGUUUUGUCUCCUCUGUCCCUUUUUUUUUAUGGGCAGAAAAAUAUCACACUUGCUUUGAGAAUGUAAAUAAUAUGUAUAUUUUUCUAUACAAACGACUAAAAAGCACUCGCUAGUGAAUAGCACUUAAUGUUAUAAAAUUGUAUUUAUAUUUUUAAGAAAUCGUAUUUAUUUUAUUGCCAUUUUUGUAGGAAAUAGAGGUUUACAAACACUAACGCUUGUGCUCGAUAUUUUUAUUGAGCUGCCUUUUUCCAAGCUGUUUUUUUUUUUCGUUGGUGUUUUAAUUUUAUUUGUAGCCUGAAUGUUUCUUUUUGGAUUCCAAAGACUGAAGCUGUCGCUCCCUGCUGAGCCCAGUCCACCAGUAGCUCUAUUUGCCAAUCUGUCAAUCAAGGACAUUUUUAAGGACUGCCUGUUAGUAGCAUGGCAUUGUUAUAUGCACUUGAGGAAGUCCAUUUGAGUGCUGGUCUAUUAGAGUAGCUGUCUGAACUCCUUUUUCCAGCCUUAAUUCCACACUACGCUGAGGCUCCAGCCAGUCCAUUCAGACUUGGGGCUGCUCACUGUGCGUAAUUCGUUCACUUUCAGCUUAAAAAAAAAAUAUAUAUUUCUCUACAAAUUUCAACAUCUCCCUUUCGGGAUCAAACGCACUCCAAAAUCUGCUAACUGUAAGGACAUAAAACACAGUUAACGCCACAUCAGUGCACCAAGGUUCCCCAUGGAUUGUACCUCCAUGGUUUCCUUCUGUCAGUGUUGCUUUCAUAUUAAUACUGUCAACGUUUCAUGUUUCUACUCGACUCCCUCAAAGUACAGCAUUUGUUUCAUGGCUUUUACAUGAGACCGGCUACACAUGGAAAGCUUUUUUUAGAAGCUCAGUAGAAGCUGAUUUAAGUUAGAAGAGGCUAAGCGUUACCAUUAACCACAAUGCAACCUAUGUAGGAGUUUGUCCGCUCGCUUGAUCUCUCGCUUUGCCUUUGCUGUAACUGAGCAUGCUUCGUUUAGAGAACUCUCGCUCGUAAAUUGACAGUUGUAGUCCCAGUUUUGGUGGGACAUCGGUGAACAAAAAGUGACUAGGUUGAUGACAGGCAUGUAUUUCCUUGCAUACCUCGAACAAAGCUCACCAAAUUGCUGCUUUGUGCAACUCUGGCUCCAGUUGUCCUAUAGUGAGCCACUUCAGGCCAGUGACUUUAUUUAUGUUUUUGGUUUGUAAUCCAUUUUUCCUCAUACUCUGUUGACUUUAUCUUGUAAGGCCGUCGCAGAAUCUCUCCAACCCUUACCCUGCCCAGGCUGUGAAGUGAAACAAUAACUUUGCCAACACAUUGUACUUCAACUGUGACAGAGGCACUGACUUAACAUGGGGAAACAACUUUCUACACGUGUAAACCCAAUGCGUUCCUAUGUUUAAAAACCACAAGCACAGAUACUGUUUAAGCUCCCUUAGGAAUUGUGGCCCCCCCAGCAAAGUGCACUUCUGCUCGACCUUCCCCCCCCCAAAGUGUGUUAGGGACGUUCAGAGUGCAGGGACCACUCUGGAGGCCAACAGUGAACACUCCUCCACCUUGCAGCCUGGGUUUUGCCAGCUAAUUCAGGGAUACAGUUUUGGUUCAGCUCUCGCUGUCCUCCUAUCCUGGCUAGCCUUAAGGUGAGGCACAGGGUCAUGCUGAAUUCUGCUGCUGUGUCUUUAAUGAAUGUGUAUACAAAAACUGAAUUGUGGUGAUUUCUGAUAUCAACUACUUUUUUUUUUUUUUUUUAACCCCACAAAGACCUGACUGAAAGAUGACCUCACAGGACAGUUUGUUUCAUUUCAGAGGGGAAAUGAUUGAGGGACAGCAUUCUAAAUUAGCAUUGAAAGGUCACACUGAAUAAACUAACAGCCUUCAAAGAUGGCUUUGGUAAUCCUUUUACAAAUUCCAAAGGCUCCGACUCCUCUAUAGAUCCAAAGCAGUGAAGUGUCAGAUGUUUUUAGAACAGCCCAUUAGUCAAGUGUUUUAAAUGGCAGACUUUGUUGUUUCUUGGACUUCAUAAUACCAUGCCACACCAGUGGCCCUUGUCCUUCACUUGUAAUUAUGAUAUCUAUAUCGAAAUAGUAACAUGUACUUCAGCAUCUAUACAAUAUACAGAAUGGACAGACAAACUUAGUUACAGUAGCAAACAGCAGGUUUAUAAUGGUUCAUAGCAGUGUUCAAUGUACUCUAAUGGUUUUGUGUUACAGUAUCAGUUUAGAAUAACUAACGUACAUUUUUGUAUAUUGAUAUCCAGUAACAGGUUUCCUGUGUAUGUUCCUUUUGGCGGGAGCUUUGCAGUUUCUUUUUUUCUUCUCGAAAAUAAACAGUAUUUAUGUCAUGAUGUAUAAAGUGGUUCCGAACUUCUUGAGGUCAGCCAUUUUAUUUUGUGUUUUGAUUGUUGUAGUGAAUGUUUUUUUUUUUAUUCUUUGUACAUUUUUAACAGGGAUUUUAGACUACCUACUUGAUUGUGGUAUGAUUGAGUUUGUGGAGACCAGGAAAAAACAAAUCCCACCAAUGUUAUUUUACCCUCUUCCAUGUCUCCCUCACCACCCCUCUUCGGGAAGCUUUGGUUGUACUUAUCAUGUACUAUUUUAUAGAAAGUGAUGAUGAAAAUAAGUUUUAUUUAUUUAUUUUGUGUAUUGGAACGUCCAUGAAUUUAUUUACAGGUCAAGGUAGUUGCUGGAACCUGCUUGAAAGAUGUUGGGGGUGGGUAAAAAUACUCAACUUUAUUUGUAAUUUUAUAAUUGUUCCUUGUGUAUAGAACUUGUCAGUCUGAGAUGAGACGCGGCAUCAAGGAGUUGGCGGUAGGACUUGGAAAUGGUUAAACGGCACUCUUCCUAUGCCUUGAAUAUACCUUUGUCUUAUUAACACCUUCCUCCUGAACUCCAUGAGAAAUAAUGAUAUUUUUCCCUGUUGUACAUCAGUGUUCUCUCAUGUGUCACAGAAAUGAAGGAAAGUUGAACCACAUGAGUAAACUACUUAAGGUUGAAUGUAUAAUUAGGAAACAAAAUUGUACAUAACUGUAAAAAGAAAAGUUUCUAAUCAUGUUUAUUUUCUAUGCACUUUUUUUAUUUAAGUGAUAGUUUAAAUAAUAAACAUGUCUCGUUUACUCUUU